AUGCAAGCAGGAGCCAUUUUCAGCAUUGCUUCCAUCUUCUCUAUUUUUUCUUUUCUGGAAGCGAACAACAAAUGCCACGUUUCAGUCAGCAAUGUUGCUCUUGUUGGCCAUGUAUUUGCUUCAUUUCAUGAAGAAAACAUUCAUGUUUGUUAUGAAAAAUGUAGAAAGAGGAUUGGCUGYUUGAGCAUUAACUAUUACAGAGAGAGCUCUAUCUGUGAGCUCAAUAACAGGACCAUAGCAACCAAACCAAAAAAGAAGGCAGCUAAUUCAAGGGCAACUUACUUCGAACGCAUAAAACCAGCUUCCAUUGGUUCACACGAGGAAAUUCCUGCAGAAUCGUGCAUGGAAAUCAAAACUGAUAUACAAACAACGAACAGCGGUUUAUACUGGCUUAAACAUGCUCAACAAACAGCAAAGAUCUUUUGCAACAUGACCACUGGAGCUUCUGAGCCAUGCGCCAGUUUGCCUUGUAAAAAUCAAGGAAAAUGUCAGAAAAUGAACGAGGUCAGCUAUAACUGUACAUGUCCAUCUUCUUUUUAUGGGAAAAACUGUCAGGCUAUAAACUUCUGCAGAUCCAAUCCCUGUGCCAAUGGCGGGAAUUGCGCCAAUGGGAAAAGCAGUUUCAAUUGCGUAUGUAAAGCUGGAUUCGGAGGAAAAACAUGUGGAUGGCGUGAACUAACAGCUAGCAAUGCUGUUUGGAAUGAUACUGGUGACACGUGGAGUUUCAGGAUGCCGCAAAAUGAUCCUAUAUUUCAUUUCGGACCUUCACGAAUUUGGACAACACCUGUUAAUGCCGACCAUUAUGAGAUAACAAGCAGAAUUUUGACGUCUAGCUCAGCAAGCGGUGACUGUGGCCAUAUUUUCAAGUAUAAAACAGGAAGCCAUCGUUCACUAUCUAUGGUGACAAAGGCCUGGGGAUACUUUCUGUGGGCACGUCAGUAUAUGUAUAUUUCAAGUAAUGGGAAGGAAAGCUCUCCCCUCGUCAGCUACAACUACCAAUUAAACACAUGGUACAACCUGAAGACUGUUGUCCAAGGUGUCCAGGUCAAGAUUUACAUUGACAACCAACUCGUCCAGCAGGUUACCAUGACUGGAGAAGGAGCAACUUCUAAGACCGAAAACUAUGUUGGACUAUGGUGUCAUGGUGACACUGAUGAUAAAGGAAAGAACUUUAAUAUUAACAUAGGUGUCGCAUGUUCAUCGUAUUCGACCAUCACAGAUUCUACUCGACUAAUAACUAACACCUUGUUUAAUGGUCCAAGAACCUGUGACGAUAACAUCGCUAAGAAAUGGUACAGGUUUUCAGGGGGUGCAGGAGUUCGUAUGCCCAKAUCGUGUGUACCAGCUAAUCGCUGCGGGACGCACGGUGCUGGAUGGCUCAGCCAACCUCACCCAACCGUGGCAGAGGGAAUAGUCUCGAAGAAGGUGUGCUUUAACUGGAAUUCGAAUUGUUGUUACCAGGAGAAGACGAUCCGAGUACAAAACUGUGGUGAUUUCUAUGUGUACGAGUUUGAACCAGUAUCAUGGUGCCACUCUCGUUAUUGCAGCACAAAUUAGUGCAAAAUAUWUAAACAGGGUACCCAAAGUACUAGAUUUCUUUCUGUGAAAAACAAUAACUUGUGCCGCGACAAUGACCGGCGACAAUGGUGCAUAUUCAGGGAUGUAAAUAAUUCCUUAGAGGGUAGUAACUAAUCAUUACUGUAAUUGACUAACUGGCGACUAAUAGACUGAUAUUAAUGAAAUGCGAGCRAAGGAAGAGACGCAAGAUAAGGCAAUCAAACAACUAGCAUUUCACAUAGAGUGCAAACACAAGAGGUGAGAAUAAGCCUUUAAAAUUUCCAGUUCAAUGCGAGUUACCGCUGUUUUAGUAGAUAACAGACUCACUUGAGUAGAGGACAAAAGAAAGCACGAAAAAAUGUUGACAUUACAAUAGCUCUAGAAAGUUCGAGGUUUAGGCUGAGCAUGACGUUGAACCUUCUCUGGGAAUACAGUGUUAGCGCUAUUGUAAUGACAAAAUUUUUUCGUGCUUUCUUUUGUUUUUGGUAAGGUCUCUGCGCAUGAGAGACUGCUGUAAACUAAAUCAGCGGUUGUUCGCUUUGAACGGGAUAAAGACGUAUUAGYUCUAAUAUAUAUGGUUAUAUUACUAAAUACGUGUAAAUUAGACAAUUAACAAAGCUACAGCUUGAGAAUGAAGUAAUUAAAUCGUUCCGUGCGGCAUAACCUCGAGCCAAAUCUUUUCCCGUACGGCCCUCCCACUCAGUCAAUAAGUACAUAUAACGUUCUUUUUGACUUCACUCAAUAGCAUAAUUUAUUAGAGUACAGACACUACGGCCAUGCCUCUAAACUGUACUGAUUUAUGAGAAUUAAUUGUUGUCUGUUGUCAACCUUACACUAUAUUGCGCACUUAGAACUAUUYGCUUGAGAGUUUUCAAACUGUUAUAGUGUUUGUAGAUCAUUGCUGGUAGAUGUACUGAAUAUUUCGAAAUUGAUUGAUGUGAAGCUACAUCUUGUUCACAUCCAAGRUCGCUUUCUGAAAUUAUGGGAUAUAGAUUUAACGAGAAAUUUCGGAGAUCUUAAAUCAUUUUUUUUCUCGGAACUUGUAACAUAUUUUACACAUGAGUCAGUAAUAUCAUGGUGACGACUGAUAAACAAGCUAAACUCUGAMUGAUAUCGAUUGACAUGUAAUAACUGACAGUGGACAUUAUAGCCUGGGUUUCACUGGAACAUAAGCAUUGGCAUAAASAGGUAACACAAGAAAAUACAAAAGAAUUAAUGAAGUCAAACGUGCGGAAUAAUCGAAUAAGCACAGAGGAAAAUAUAAAAUASACAGAAAAUCACCUCAUUUUUGUCUUUUUAAUCCUUUUUGGUUCCAAUGUUAUUGAUUUUCCAUCCUCAUGCUUUAUAGCUCAGCGAAAACCAAUAAUAACGUGCCCAAUUUAUAUAAACCUUAUCAUCACUUAAUAACAAUACUCAUAUACACCCACGCUAUAAUCACUUAAUUACAGUACUUACGUACACCUUACUAUCACUGAAUCACAGUAUUUAUAUACACCUUAUUAUCACUGAAUCACAGUAUUUAUAUACACCUUAUUAUCACUGAAUCACAAUA